CAGUGAGCUAGUUCUGUUAUUUGCUAGCUAGUGUAAAUUAGCAUUACCGUGAUGGUCAAAAGGAAUCUUUCGCCUGUUUAUUUCAGUUUAUCGUCAUGUUACGGGGCUUUUCAUCAACAAUUUUUUUUUGAUGUUUUUGACCAACAAAGUAGAGCAAACACAUGAAUAGCCCCUGUUUUUCUGUCGCCUGGUCCAGAAGAUGGCACCUACAAAGAUGAAACUGCGGAUGAGAAAGAAGGAUGGCUCAAGCAAGGCGUUACAGAGCAUGUCAGCGGAAGCCUCCCCUGACUCCAAAUGCCCCAUCUGCCUGGACCGAUUCAACAACAUGGCCUACCUGGACCGCUGCCUGCACAAGUUCUGCUUUCGAUGCAUCCACGAGUGGUCCAAGAACAAAGCCGAAUGCCCUCUAUGCAAGCAGCCCUUCAACUCCAUCUUCCACACCAUAAAGGCGGAGAAUGACUUCAAGGAGUUUGUCCUGAGGACCUCGGAGAACGGGUCCUUCAGCAGCCCCGGGGCCCUCAGACUCCGCUACAGCACCACGCAGACGCGGGAGAGCAGGCAGUCUCCCGGAAGGACCUCCCCUCCCCCGGACAACGGGGUCAUAUUCGAAGGCCUGACGGGCUCUGCCCCCCUGCAGCAGGACCGGGGCAUUCAUCGAAUGAUGAUGAGGCUGGCCACCAGAAGGCGGGCCCAGAGCAAGGGCCGGAUGGUGCGUCACCUGCGGGAGCAGGAGAUGGUGACGUUCCGCCGGGCGCUGUACCGCACCGGGGUGCGUGUGCGCAGCGUUCGAGACGGAGGCAGGCACAGGGACAUUUCAGCCGCGUUCUUCCAGAGGAACCCGGCCUGCCUGCACCGGCUGGUCCCCUGGCUGAAGCGGGAGCUGACGGUGCUCUACGGCACCCACGGCUCCCUGGUGAACAUCGUGCAGCACAUCAUCAUGUCCCGUGUCACGCGCUACGACAUGGACCAGCAGGCCAUCCAGGACGAGCUGCGGCCCUUCCUGCUGACGCGCACCGACCACUUCCUGCACGAGCUGAUCAGCUUUGCCCGCUCGCCCUUCAACAUGGAGGUGUACGACCAGCACGCCGUCUACGACUGCCCCGCGCCCUCCUACGAGGAGGGCAGCAGCUCCGACUCCUCGGUCAUCGCCAUAUCGGAGGAUGAGGAGGCCGAGGCAGAGCUGGCCCGGCGACCCGUCUCAGCGACGGGCAGCGGCUUGAGCCAGGCGCCGUGGGACGACGAAACGCCGGGGCCGUCAUACUCCACAGCGGAGCAGACGCUGUCGCCAUCGCUGUCCCUCAGCGAGUCUGAGUCCGAAAGCGGCCGGUCGGCAGGGAGGGGGGCUGAGGCCCAGCAGGGCACCCUGGUGAAGGCUGACCAGGCCCCCAAGAAGGAGGACGCCUCCUCGGCCGAGGAAGACUGUGUCAUCGUGGGCUACGUGAAGCCCAUGGCGGAGCGGACUCCCGAGCUCGUGCAGCUCUCCUCCAACUCGGAGGAGUCUGCUCCCGAGGAGACGCCGAAGGACCCUGAGCCGCUUCAGCUCCUCCGCUUCCCCAGCCUCAGCCCGCCCUCGUCUGCAGGAUCCCCGCCGCCCAAACGCAAGUCUCCGCGCGUGCAGGGCGAGGGCAUGUCCGACGGGAGUGCCCAGCCAGCUGACGAAGGCCCGUUUGCUACGGAGGCGCACGACGGUGACUGCUACGCGGACGGAGAUGCGGCCCUCGUGCCGACGGUCGGAAGCUGCUGGCGCGAUGAGUGCGACCCCAAAAAGGACCACGGGAGUCAUGGGAGACAGGAGCGGUCCGGGGACGCGGCGCUGAGCUGUUCCCUGCGGAGCCCCACCAUAUCGGUGCACAGCGACAGCCCGCUCUCCAGGGAACGGGUACGCUCACGGUCGGGUAGCAAGGACCUUCUGUCGUCCAGGGACAGGGCGCGGGAAAGGAGGCGGGAGAAAGACGCAGGCCAGCCCAGGCGCGGCCACACUAACGCGGCGUUUUCUUACCACUGGGAGUCCUACAGCCACUACAGCCGGGGGAGCGGGACCGGCGGGGUGCUGUACACUCAGAGCCGGGCCUUCCGCUCCCGCCUGUACACCAGCCCCGACCGCAGCUCCCGCUCACGCUCCCGCAGCCCCCGCCCAACCCGGCACCGCGGCCGGAGGAGGUCCCGCAGCCGCUCCAGCAGCAGCUCCUGCUCUGGCCCCCGCAGGGCCCGCCACGACAAGCCCGGCGGGAAGAGGAAGUACAAGACCCGCCACCUGGAGGAGACGGCCAAAGGGCGCGCCCAGAAAGCGCUGGCCGUUUCCGCCGCCGCUGCCCUCAAGGAACGACGGGGGAACGGCGAGAGGCGCCGCAGGAAGUCGCGGAAGAAGAGCAGGAGCCCCAGCGUGGAGAUCGUCUACGAGGGCAGGGCCACGGGCGACGCCCGCAAGCACCCCAAGAAGAGGAGGAAACACAAAAAGAGGAGCAGGAGGCGCAAAAGUAGGGAGCUGCCGGAGUGCAGGUCCCCCACCGUCAUCACCAUCGACAGCGACAGCACCGUGGACAUCAGCGACCUAGUCGUAGACGUCUCGGGCCAGACCGUCGACGCCGCUGAGCACACGUGCCCCGUCGGCAGCGAAAACGAAGUCUCCGCCACCAUCGGACCUCUCUCUGACGCAAACCUGCUGGAGUCUAUCCUCCAGGACCUGCAACAGCACAUCCUGCCUGUAGAUCAGGACAGCACUGCCAGCGUUAGCAACACGGAAGCGGCCGCUGCUGAACUUUCUUUCGACAGCGAUAAGUGCAACAUGCUACACGGCGAGAACAAACAUUACGCUCUCUCGUCCGACGACGAGGCGAGCGGCGCUAGCCCUGUAAUAACUAUCGAAAGCCAUUUUAUUGAACCGAUGGGUCUGGAAGAGGCGCCGGACACCAACGCAGUCUGCCGCUCUGAUUGAGACUCAGAAAAGUGCAAUAUACAAAACCAGUUUUUCAAUGUACCAAACCAUAAAUUAGGGCAAGAAUUUAAAACUUACAGGACAGACAUUUACAAUACAUUUGUUGGAGGUGUGUUUUGUGGAAGUGUGGUUACAUUCUGCAAUUUAAAGAUAACGACGCUGUACUUAUAAACAUCAGCAUUUUGUAAGCGACUAUGCCCUUCCUAAAUGGCAAGCUUCCGAUUCUUUCUUACUCAGCACUGUUCAACGUCCACUGUCACAUUUUAAUAUUUCCAAAUACUUGCUGAUUUUACUAACCAUUCCAGUCACUUUUAGAAGUUGUUGAUUUGCUGUAUUACUCAGGGAAAAAAGAUUGCUGCCUCGCAUUAAUACCACUCGGCUGAAACAACACACCAUACCUGUCGAUGAAAUCCUGGUUUUUGUCAUAUGACUUGCUGACUUAACCUUUGAAAAUGUAAAUGUAUUUUUCACAUGUUACUGGACAUUUCUGAAUAAAGCAGUUUUGUGUUGCCAUUGCUUAUGGUAGGUAA